GCAGUUCCCCGCACCAACACGCCGACCCUCGCAAUCGCAAAGUUGCACUGCAGCUUGACCGCUCGCCGUUCCGGGGGCUGGCAGAAAUUCGGCAACUCAACAGAAAAUCGGAGGGGCUUUCCCGCUUUUGCGAUCUCAUGAUAAUAUCUCGCACCUCAAGCCUCCACUCUCACUCAACCCCAAAUUGGCUGUGACAGCUUUGCUAGUAGCGGUCCUUUCAGUCAGUGCUCACGCUAGCUGACUGACUUGAAACCUACAACUCCCAAAUUCCCCAGGCUUGGAACCUGAUAUAGCAAAGAGUCCAGUUACACGAGAAGAACCUCGAACGUCGUCGUCAAAAUGGCCGACUCUCUCGCUUCCCGCAAGUACUUCGACAAUGUUUACAUCCCCGCCGGUUUGAUCAUCCUGGGAUGCGCCAUCACCAAGAGCGAAUGGGUCCCUUACGCUGUUCUCCUGUCGCUUGCCCUAGCCGCCUACAAGUUCAACUCGAUGCAAGUCAAGAAGGUUCUCAAGCCUGACGCCUUCCAGGAGUUUGAGCUCAAGGAGAAGACAAUCAUCUCGCACAACGUCGCCAUCUACCGCUUCAAGCUCCCCUCCGAGAAGAGCGUCCUCGGCCUCCCUAUCGGUCAGCACAUCUCCAUUGGUGCAAACUGCCCGCAGCCCGAUGGCACCACCAAGGAGAUCGUGCGCUCCUACACUCCCAUUUCUGGUGACCACCAGCCUGGCUACUUUGACCUCUUGAUCAAGUCGUACCCUACCGGCAACAUCUCCAAGCAUAUGGCGUCGAUGAAGGUUGGCCAAACGCUCAAGGUCAAGGGCCCCAAGGGUGCCUUCGUCUACACACCGAACAUGGUCCGUCACUUUGGCAUGAUUGCUGGAGGCACUGGUAUUACUCCCAUGCUCCAGAUCAUUCGUGCUGUCAUCCGGGGCCGCCCAACUGGUGACAGAACUGAGAUCGACCUUAUCUUCGCCAACGUUACGGUCCAGGACAUCCUGCUGAAGGAGGACCUCGAUGCACUUGCUAAGGAGGAUAACGGUUUCCGUGUGCACUACGUCUUGGAUAAGCCCCCUGCCGACUGGACUGGUGGUGUUGGAUACGUCACCGCCGAUAUGAUCACCAAGCUGCUUCCCAAGCCCGCCGACGAUGUCAAGCUUCUUCUCUGCGGCCCCCCGCCCAUGGUUAGCGGCCUGAAGAAAACCUCUGAGAGCCUCGGGUUCAAGAAGGCCCGCCCUGUGAGCAAACUCGAGGACCAAGUUUUUGCUUUCUAAGCAAAACAUUUUAAUCCAAAGAAUACCUUUGCGCAAGGGAACGGCUACUUUUACGGUGGUGGGGAAAAAGGAAUUGGAGCGGGUGUCCUGCAAAAGUCGAAUGCUAGACUCAUAGACAAACCUACCUGUGUUAAAGGAAUGCCUCUAGCUACACGGAAGUUACUCCGUACUCUGCUUGUAUUGAACGUGACCCACCUUACAUAAGAAUAAGACACUUGGACCACAUCCCUGCG